AACGAGUUAGCUAGUUUGCUAACGUGCUAGUACACGUUAGCUGCGUUAACCUAUUUAGCUUUGACAGGUGUACGCCCUCUUUUAGCUAACAACUUUCUACUUUAACUGGUUUCAGAUCGAUUUAGAACAAUGUUACAUAUUGUAUCGAUAUAAAAUUAGAUCAAAUACUUAGGUCGUUUUAGCUCCUUUUUUCAUAUGUUUGUUUUGUUUACCCACUUCGGCCUGCUCCUCUUUGCUGUCAACUGCUUCCACAACGAACGCUAGAACGUUACGUAAUCUUGCGAAAGGCAUUAUGGGUGUUUGAGUUUCCUUACCUGAUUUGUCAAUGCAAAUCUACUCAUCAAGCUUGGCUAUAGAACUACAGCCAAACCUGGCACGGAGGUGAAACAUCGAGAGGUCACAGUCAGUUAGCAUCAACACAUGUGCGACCCCUUAGCAAUGCGUUUUGUGGUAGAAAACUUAAAUUCCAACCUUUGACAUUAUUUUUAAAACUUAAUAAUGCCAAGAGACGUAUCAUCUUCAUCAAGCGAAGAUGAGGAGGAUAAUUCUUCUACAAAAUCACCGAUAAAGCAAAAAGAAACGGAUAAGAAGAGCACCAGGUACCAGUGUCCUGCUGACUUUGUGUCUUUCUGCCAUAAGCCCUGCAGUAGCACUCUAACAGGGAGUCUGGAAACCAAAAAGGAGUUAUGGCUCAUUAAAGCUCCUGCCAACUUUAACCCUGAAUGUUUCACCAACAUCAAGGUGCCCCUGUCAGGUUUCCACACAUUGAAGGUUCCUACUGCUGCAGGCGGAGCUGAGCCUGGGAGUGGCCAGCAGAUCUACAGCGUCCUGGGGUCCACCCAUGGUCCCUCAGAGCUCCGCCUGCUCACUAGCAACAAGCAGUCAUCGGAUGCUGUGGUUUUUGGUUCUGCUUUCUCAGGCCUGUUGAACGUGUGUGAAAGCUACGCAGACAGCAGUGCCAACCAGGCGCCUCAGGUCAUCCCUGCUGCCCCGGCUCCCUCCAUACCGCCAGGGCUAAAACAGCGAUUCCACCCCUUCGGCAGUAAAACCUCUACGCUGGCAGAGAGUGAAGCAGACAGAGCCGCAUUUGGGCUCUCACCUACAACCAUUUGCCCACUGGUGGUCAAACGAUUUGUAGAAGAAGUAGCUCAUGAAGAAGAGGAUGGUGAAGUGAAGAAGAAGAAGAAAAAGAAAGAAAAGCGGAUAAAGACAGAGCGACAGGAGGUGUUGGAGGUGGUGAAAGUAAAACAGGAACCUGUAACUGAAAUUCAGGAGGAGGUGAUGAUGGAGCUUCCAUUCCAGGAGGGUGACAUUUCAGUGGAGAAAAGGAAAAAGAAGAAGAAGAAGAAGAAAAACGAGCACAGGGAACGAGAUGAGGUGGAAGAGGGAGUGGAUCCCAGUGUGACGGUGAAGGUGGAAGAGGUAACAGUGAAAUGUGAACCAAUAGACACUUCAUGUGAUGAUGUAGUGGAGGGCUCAGGAAAGAAGAAGAUGAAAAAGAAGAAGAAAAGUAAAAUGGAUGAUGGUUAGCUUGUUGUCACUUUGUUGCUGUGUUUAUUUCUGACCUUGUGAACCUGUCUGGGAGCCAGUUUGCUACUAAUUUAAUCCAGACCUGUUUAUCCUGAGCCGAUAGAAUAAUAGCAUGAAUUCUAAAGUGGGUCCAUCUAAGCUCUAAGGCCAAUGUUCCUAUCGUUUUGAGCACAGCGAGUGACACAGUAUGUGUGUUUGGCAGCAGGUUCAGAAAACCGGGGCUGAUAUAAAGACAGAAUAAUGAUUCUGUGUCAUGUAACUUGCUGUAAUGUUUUUGUUGUUGUGCUUUAGGAUCUGAAUCACAUGUAAUGGAAAAAUGAUGUGUAUGCAGGAAAACAUGUUAGAAAACAACCUCCAAAAUGAUUAAAGAAAAUUACAUGAAAAUGAAAA